AUGGCGGAAGUGGUAGUGAACCAAACAGUUCUCGAUUCCGUGAAAGGAAAGGUGGUUGUGCUUGCCGGAGGUGCCCAGGGUAUUGGAGCGGCAGCUGUGACUCAGCUCUUCGAAUCAGGUGCUCAUGUAUUCUUUGGCGACUGGGAUGAAGUCAAAGGUUCAAAACUUGUCGAACAGCUACGAGCCUCCUCCAGCAGCAGUGGUGGCAGUGUGACGAAUCUGAAGGUCAACAUUACCGACUAUGACUCGCUCCUCUCGCUCUUCGACGCAGCAUACGAGAAGCAUGGCCAGAUCGACAUGGCUAUCUGCUGUGCUGCAGUGACAGAACGCCCGGGAUACUGGGAGCCAAAUAAACUCGAUCUCAAAUCCGUGCGAGAGAAACCCACCGGCAUCGCGAACGUGAUCGACAUCAACCUGAACGGCAGCCUGUACUUCGCGCGGAUAGCGAUCGCCUACCUGAAAGAAAACCACGACAUUGCCGCGACGAGGUCCGAUCCCAAGAGCAUAAGCUCUCCCAAGUGCAUCACCCUCGUCUCUUCCGUGGCUGGCUUCACCGAAGCACCGGGCCUGUUCGCCUACUCCUCUGCCAAACAUGGCGUGAUGGGUCUAAUGCGGGCGCUCCGCCCAUACGUGGCUCCAUUAUAUGGGCUUCGCACGAACGCGAUCUGCCCAUGGGCAACCGACACACAGCUCCUCUCGGGCGUCGUCAACACCUGGACAGAGAACAAAAUGCCACUGAACACCCCGGCAGACGUGGCGCGCUACAUUAUCCAGGUGACGGCGGAGCCGGCGACGCACGGGAAAGCACUCUUCAUCACGGGCGGCAAUGCCGUUGAUAUCGAAGAGGGCUUGGCCAAGACGCAACCGCAGUGGCUCGGUGAGAAGAACUCAAGAGACUUUACUCUAGGGCAGGAGAUUCUCGGCUUGGGCACGGGCUGGGGCAACUAA